UCAUUCACCGCUUGUGGCGCUGUUUAUUGCCAACAACUAUACUGAUCCUGUCGUUCCCUCACUCCGCUUCGUGGUCCGAGCCGAGUCUGUACGACGUAGCGCGUUGUACGUGUGCAACAAAAACCAAAGGUGGAGCACAUGCGCUCAUGUUCCACUCCGUUCCGUCGUUCCACUUAAUCCGUUUAUCCUGUGCGUGCCGGUAAGGAUCUAUCCUAUUUGCACCUGGACGCAAACACACAUACACACAUUCUCCCUCAAGGAGAGAUUAUAAUAUUCCAGCUUUAUAAAAAAAAAAAAGAAUCGCGCGUGAUUAUUAUCCAGUGCUUGGUUUCAGUGUUGUGCUUCCAAUGUCCGUCGGGGACAAUAAUUUAUUAUAAAAGAAUAGGUGCUUUUUAAUUUGAUCUGGAAGCUUGCAAAGUGAUUAUAAAUCUCGAUGAAUGCACAAGGAACGAAAAUAUUCCAGAGAGAGAGAGAGAGAGUGGUCCAGCAAGUUGUUGUUGUUCUUUUAUUUUAAAUAAAAUGUGCGACAAUCUUGGGAUUUUUGCAACGCUAAAGGAUUCUCGUGCGUGAGACUCUUGAGUGUAGGCAGUCCGUGUGAAUUAAUGUUCAUCCUCGGAAUCCCGAACCUUGUUGAGAGGAGACACAGCAGGUGGCUUUCCAAUACCAGUUUUGCCGAAAUGCUUGUGUGGCCAGUAUGAGUAAAGUGUGUUGAGUGCUUGGUUCUUGAUCACCUGUAUCCUGGUCAAACCUGAUCAUCUCUCACGAUUCACGAAUCGAAUCUAAAUCAAAUGACAGUGACUGAGUGCUCGCUAUUUCAAUUUUACUUCACCUGCAUCUGUUUGUAAUCAUUAGAAAGCAACUAAGGAUUGAACAAAACACUGAUUGGAAAUCAGCGUUGAUGAUCUGAUUAGAUCAAGAAGAAGAGGAGCUCAGUUAAUCAGAAAUUAGAAGUUAUCAGGAACUGAAAACUUUGGAUGAUUGAGCGAAUUCUUAUUUUGGAAUCAGUAUAAAGAAUGUUUAUUGCUGUCAAGUGAUAAAGUGCAAAACUUGAAUGAUUGAGAAGACAGUGAUAGGAACUGCGAAUAUAGUGCUAGUUAUGAAAGUGUAGAGUAGUGUAUCGUGGAUUGGAUUUGGAUUUAAGGGUGCAGAAAGAUUGCGUAUAUAGCUAACAAGGAAAAAAAGUGGAAGAGGUUUUGAGCGAAGGAAGAGGGCAAAGGGUGAAACGUAAGUUACGCGGCGGACGCCAUCUCCGCGUUACCGGCAUCCAGGUCCCCAGGUCCCACCCUUGCUACCUCGACCUCGUCUCGCACCCUUAGCGGGAACCACCCCGCGACAGCAGCCACCCUGAUGGGAGUGUAUGAGGAGCGCGCCCCUCCUACCACCGGCAUGCACUGGCAGCCGGCGAAUUCGCAGGAGCGUGGCAGCGGCUUGGGUUUGGGGUGUCAAGGUGGUCCAGUAGGGAGUACGGGGGUGGGGCCGGGAGCAGUUGAUCAGGCCCGAGAUUUGAGUCCAUGUUUGCCAGCGUCUAUGGGAGACGCUGCAAGACCCACAACUCUUCCGUCCAGUCCACCACCUCAGCAACCUUCGCCGUCGGUUCAUCAUCACGGACCUCAUUCGAGAACGGCCUUACAUCAAACACAUUGUGGGACCAAUAACAAUUGUUACGAUUCUACCACCCCCUACGAUUCCAGGGAUUACGGUUCUCCAGGAGGUACAACAGAGUAUAGAAGUAGUGGAAAUUACGAGCCCCCUAGUGACCUUACAAUGCCACCGCAUUCGCAUCAUCAUCAUCACCAUCAUCAUCAUUUUCACCAUUCCGUCCAUCAGCAAGAUCAACAGUCCUCGGAUCAUCUUCAAGCAGUGCCAAAAAUUGAACCACCUCCAACGCCUCCGGCACAACCGGAAGACAUGUCGGGAGUGGUUUGUGCUGGAUGUGGACUAAGGAUAUCGGACAGAUUUUAUCUUCAAGCUGUGGAUAGAAGAUGGCAUGCCUCUUGCCUUCAGUGUUCUCAUUGUCGACAAGGUUUGGAUGGCGAGGUCACGUGUUUCAGUCGAGACGGAAACAUUUACUGCAAGAAAGACUACUAUCGAAUGUUUGGCAGUAUGAAGCGAUGUGCAAGAUGUCAAGCGGCGAUACUUGCCUCGGAAUUGGUGAUGAGAGCUCGUGAAUUGGUGUUUCAUGUGAGAUGUUUUUCAUGUGCGGCUUGUGGAGUGCCCUUAACAAAGGGGGAUCAUUUUGGAAUGAGAGAUGGAGUUGUUUUGUGUAGACAUCAUUAUGAAAUGGGAGCAGAAAUGCAUCCAUCGCAAAGUCCACCGGUUCCUGUUUAUCCCCCGGGACCACAUUAUCCGGGUCAAUCGUUUCCCUCGCCUGAAUUUUUGCAUCAUCAUCCACAUGGUCCUCCUCAUCCACAUAAUACAAUGCAUCAACAUCAACAUUCUCAUGUGAGUCCCGUUCAUCUUCAAUCGACAACACCAUCCGGCCCUGAGGCUGGUUCACCCCCCAAGGUGCCCUCUUAUUUCAACGGUUCCGGAACCAAUGUCCCACCUCCCAGACAGAAGGGAAGGCCCAGAAAAAGGAAACCCAAGGACCUCGACGCUAUGACUGCUAGUCUAGAUCUUAAUUCGGAUUACAUAGACAUGCCUUUCGGAAGGGGCGGUCCCGGAACUCCAGGAAUGCCAGGUUCAAAUAGUCGCACGAAGCGAAUGAGAACGAGUUUUAAGCAUCAUCAACUUCGAACGAUGAAGAGUUAUUUUGCUAUCAAUCACAAUCCCGAUGCAAAAGAUUUGAAGCAGCUUUCCCAGAAAACAGGCUUGCCAAAGAGGGUAUUACAGGUGUGGUUUCAGAAUGCGCGUGCGAAAUGGCGACGCAUGGUGUUGAAACAGGAGGGCAAAUCAGACAAGUGUGGCAGCGGAGUUGACGGCGGUUCCCUUGGUGAUUUAGAACUUUAUGGCAAUAGUACAGGAAGUGGUGGUCCUCCAAUGAGUCCUCCAUUUAUACUUGGCGGACCUCAUAGUCCGGCGUCACUAGCCUCCCUUGACUGUGCGUGAUUAAGGAAAUUCAAUACUACGAUGAGCCAACCAUAAACUCUCGCCCCUUGUGUGUGUGUGUGUGUGUGUCAACCACCUUUUCGAACGAGAGACUUGUAAAUUUAGAACGCCUGCGGAACGAGAGUGAAAGUGAAUCAAGGUAGUAGUUAGCCUUAAUUGGACGUCUCGUCUCGCAAAGUGACGUUCCAUUCGUUCUCUCUGUAAAUGUCGUCGUAUAUGGCGGACGUGUAUUUAUCCGGGCGAAAAUCCUAGAUCAGUCCUUGAAAUCACUGCAGCUUCAUGAAAAAUUCCCUGUCCAAUUUCAAAGACUUUCUAACGAUAUACAUAUAUAUAUAUAUAUAUAUAACAAGAGGCAAAAAUAAACCAACAAAAAGAGAUAAAUAACAAAUAUUUAUGAAUAUCUUAAUUUUCACAAGAAAUUGGAUGUAAAUGAGAUUAUAUAGAAAAAAAAAAUUGUGAUUGAUUUAUUAGUUAAUUUUAGUUGCUAAUAUUCAAAAUUGUUCACCGGUCUAAAUUAUUUAUAAAUUAAUGUUAGUAGAGUGAAAUAUAUAUAUAUAAAAACCUAUAUAUAAAAAAAAGCGGUGGUUUCGAGGUUUUAAGGGCUAGAAGACUGACGAACGUAUGAGCAUUUUGUGAAUAUUUAUUGCGCUUUCAUUGAGAGCGUUUAUGUAAAAAGUUAAUGCGAUUUUCAGUUUUAAGUUAACUAUAUUGUAGAAUAAAAAAUUACAACUCUCUUCGUAAUCUUCAGAUUAAAAAAAGAUAUAUACGUUACGACGAUUUCUUUUUUGCUUUAUUGUACUAUAUUGAAAAAAAAAAUUAAAAACUUCUCCAGUGUAUUUAUUCUAGAAUCGUCGCUAUCGAAUGGUUUUUUUUUUAUUUUCCAUUGAGUCAGAAUUAAAGUGAAUCCUUCGUUUGAAGAAAAAAAAAACCUAUAUAUAAUUUAAACGAGCAUUUGUAAGAUUAAUUGAUAAAUAUUUAUUGGCUCGGUAUAUAUGGUUCUUCAGGAGGGAAUAUGAAUAGAAAAAAAAGCAAUUAAAGGCUCGUCAAUAACUUGAAACUAUUUUAAUAUAAUAUAUAGAUAUGUAUAUGUGCAAAUAAAUUAAAAAAAAAAAGAAUAUAAAUUAUAUUUUCGUCGUGUGAUCUUAACUUUACGAUUGUCAAGCAGUUUGCGAUGUAAAAUUUCUAAAGCUCUCUGACUGAUGUAUUGUACAGUAUAUUGAUUAUAUGGAAAUGUUGUCGAAGGAGGCACUUGAAGAAAUAAAGAAACCCAGUUUUUUUCUUGAAAA